CCCUCAGGCUCUCCCCAGCCCCCCCACACCACACCUGCAGCCAUGAAUGGCGGUCGCAGUAUUUGGGCUAUCACUCCAGAGGAGAGGGACAAACAUGACAAGCAGUUUGACACCCUCUCCCCCACCCUGGGCUAUGUGUCAGGAGACCAGGCGCGCAAGUUCUUCCUGCAGUCCGGCCUACCCUCGGCUGUGCUGGCGGAAAUAUGGGCGCUGGCGGACAUGAACAAGGACGGGAAGAUGGACCGGCUGGAGUUCUCCAUCGCCAUGAAGCUGAUCAAGAUGAAGCUGCAGGGCCAGGCCCUGCCCUCCGCGCUGCCCAUCAUCAUGAAGCAGCCGCCGGUGCCCGUGCCGUCGCCCAUGGUGACGUCAUCGUCCCGCUUCGGGAUGGGGUCCAUGCCAAACCUCUCCAUGAUGCCCGCCAUGCCCGCCCUGCUGACGCCCAUGCCUAUGACCACCUCCAUGACCUCCAUGAGCGCCAUGGGGGGCAUGACGCCGCUGGUGCCCGCCGGGAUGCCCCUGCCCAUGCCGCUGCUGCCCUCCCUCAGCACGCCGGCGCUGCCCAACGGGACGGCCGGCGUCCUGCAGCCCACCCCCGUCUCCGUCGCCGCCGCUCUCCCGCUCUCCAACUCCUUCUCCUCCUCCCCGCUGGGAUUCGGCACGGGGAUGACCAAGACACAAUCCCUGCUGGACCUGGGCUCGAGCAGCUCAAACUCUUCAUCCACCACCUCUCUGGCCAGCAACUCUCCCAAGGUGGGAGCCACUGACUGGGCGGUGCCACAGUCAUCCCGGCUAAAGUACCGGCAGCAGUUCAAUACGCUGGACAAGCAGAUGAGCGGGUACCUCUCAGGUACUCAGGUCAAGAAUGCCCUGGCAAUGACAAACCUCACUCAGACCCAGCUGGCUACCAUUUGGAACUUGGCAGACGUGGACAAAGACGGGCAGCUGAAGGCGGACGAGUUCAUCCUGGCAAUGCACCUGGUGGACAUGGCCAAAACGGGCCAGCCGCUGCCCCUCACGCUGCCCGCCGACCUGGUGCCACCCUCCCUCAGAGGUGCGAAGUCGGGUGAGGCUGUGAACGGGACCAUGCCGCCCCUCUACCUUGGAAUCCCAGAGGAGGUGGAGGCUGAGCCUCCUCAAAAGGCCAAGACCAACGUGUCGUUCGAAGACAAGCUGAAGGAGAACUUCCAGCGGGGCAACGCGGAGCUGGAGAAGCGGCGGCAGGCCCUGCAGGAGCAGCAGCGGCGCGAGGAGGAGCGGCGGGCUCAGAAGGCCCGGGAGGAGCAGGAGCGCCGGGACAGGGAGGCGCGCGAGCUGGAGGCCAGGAGGAAGGCGGAGGAGGAGCGGCGGCUGGAGCGCCAGCGCGAGAUGGAGAGGCAGAAGGAGGAGGAGCGGCUGAAGGAGCUGGAGAGGAAGGAGGCGGCGAAGCAGGAGCUGGAGCGUCAGAGGAAGCUGGAGUGGGAGCGGAGGAAGAGGGAGGAGCUGCUGAGGCAGAAGGGCCAGGAGCAGGAGGACAUCGCCCGGCUCAAGGCCAAGAAGAAGAGCCUGGAGCUGGAGCUGGAGGCUGUGGGCGACAAGCACAAGCAGAUCUCGAACCGGCUCCGGGACGCCCAGAGCAAGAGGAAGAUCCAGAAGAGCGAGCUGGACCUGGUGAACCAGAACCGGGACAUCCGCAUCUUGGAGAUCAACACCCUGCAGCAGCAGUUUGAGGAUUGUCAGAAGAAGCUCUCUCAGCUGGUCCCUGAGCAACACAGGCUGAGUGACAGACUACGCAACCUGAGGCUCAACAACUUGCCCACCACGGCGAUGGGCACCGUGAAGAGGAACGCCUCGGAGAAGGAGCUGACGUGCCGGAAGCUGAAGGAGCAGCUGGACGCGCUGGAGAAGGAGACGUCGGCCAAGCUGUCCGAGAUGGAGCAGUACAACAAGGACAUCAAGGAGCUCAGAGAGAGCCAGAGCAAGCAGCAGACGGCCCUGGACAAGCUGUACAGGGUGAAGGAGGAGAAGCUCCGCGAGCUCCGGAGACGCAGGGAGGAGGAGCUGGAGAGGAAGAGGAGGGAGGAGGAGGAGGCCGUCAGGCAAGCAAAGCUGGAGAAGGAGCGCCAGUGGAGGGAGAAGCUGCAGCGGGACGAGGAGGAGCGCCAGAGGAGGCUGCAGGAGGAGCGGGAGGCCAGGCAGAGGGAGGAGGAGGCGCGGGAGACCCAGGCCCGCCUCCGCGCCGCCCUGGAGCAAGCGGAGCGUGACCGGCGUGCAGCGGAGGAGGAGGAGCAGCGGAGGAAGGAGGAGGCGGAGCGGAGAGAGGAGGAGAGGCGGAGGGAGGAGGAGAGGAGGAGGAAAGAGGAGGAGAGGAGGGCGGAGGAGAGGAGGAGGCUGGAGGAGCAGAGGUUGGAGGAGGAGAGGCGGCGGGAGGAGCGCAGGCGGGCGGAGGAGGAGAGGAGGAGGCUGGAGGAGGAGCGGCGAGAGGAGGAGAAGAGGCGUGAGAAGGAGGAGGAGGACAGGCGGAGGCAGCGCGCGCAGGAGGCAGCCAUCCGGGACGCGGAGGAGAGGAAGAGGCAGGAGGAGGAGAAGAAGAAGUGGGAGGAGGAGAGGAGGAGACAAGAAGAGGAGAGGAGAAAAAGAGAGGAGGAGGAGAGGAGGAAAAGGGAGGAGGAGAGGAGAAGGCAGGAAGAGGAGAGGAGGAGACAGGAGGAGGAGAGGAGGAGACAGGAAGAAGAGAGGCGGAGACUUGAGGAUGAGAGGCGGAGACAGGAAGAAGAGAAGCGGAGAAAGCAGCAGGAAGAGGAGAAGCGGAGAAAGCAGCAGGAAGAGGAGAAGCGGAGAAAGCAGCAAGAAGAGGAGGUGGCCAGGCAGAGGGAGGAGGCAGCCAGGCAGCAGAAAUUACAGCAGCAGCAAAGCAGUGCCAAAGCAGAAAUCCAGGAGAAGCUCUCUGCCCUUUUUAAGGGCUUAGAGGAACGAAAAGCUGGUCUCCAGCCCCUCGCAUCGGCACACAGAAAAUCUGCAGCCCUCGCCACCUACAGAGCUCUCUACCCUUUUGCCGCCAGGAACGCAGACGAGCUGACCUUUGAGGCCGAUGACCUGAUAGAGGUGGACGAGACAACAGAGGGAGAGCCAGGUUGGUUGUACGGUAGUCACCAGGGAAAGAUGGGCUGGUUCCCCGCGAGCUACGUAGAGAAGCAAGCCAAGCCAGAGGCCUCGCCCACGGCCAAACAGGCCCUCCUGCCUCAGACGUCAUUGGCUGGCAAGCCAGAAGCAGAGAACAGCGGCACUGCAGGCGUCCCGGGCGGUGCGGGUCAGAACUCAGCCUUCACCCCCACCCACGCCCCGACGUCAGCGUCCGCAGAGCACGGACAGGUGGUGGGCAAUGUCAAGGCCCAGGCGCUGUGCUCGUGGACGGCCAAGACGGACAGCCACCUGAACUUCUCCAAGGACGACGUGAUCGCGGUGCUGGAGCAGCAGGAGAACUGGUGGCUGGGCGAGCUUAACGGCGUCCAGGGCUGGUUCCCCAAGACCUACGUCACACUGCUGACCGCCAGCGAGUCCAGCACAGAGCCCAUUUAUUCUGCUGUAGAUGGUUAUGACAUACCAGAAACUGCCCAGCAAGAAGAAUACGUGGCCCUGUACACCUAUGAGAGCCCAGAACCCGGGGACCUGACCUUCAACGAGGGGGACGUCAUCUUGGUGACGGAGAGAGAGGGGGAGUGGUGGAGGGGCAGUAUCGGGGACAGGAGCGGACUUUUCCCCUCCAACUAUGUCAAGCCGAAGGAGACAGAUACCUCCAGCAACACCGGCAAAGCUGGAGCUUCCAGCAAAAAGCCUGAGAUCGCCCAAGUGACAGCCGCAUACACAGCCACAGGGACGGAGCAGCUAAGCCUGUCGCCCGGACAACUCAUCCGCAUCCUCGCCAAGAACCCCUCUGGCUGGUGGCAGGGGGAGCUGCAGGCCAGAGGUAAAAAACGUCAGACGGGGUGGUUCCCUGCCUCCCAUGUCAAAAUCUUGGGCCCCAACAGCGGGAAGUCGACGCCAGCGCCCAUCCCACUCUGCCAGGUCAUCGCCAUGUACGACUACAAGGCUGCCAACGAGGAUGAGAUGAGCUUCUCCAAGGGUCAGCUGAUCAACGUCCUGGAGAAGGACGAUGCCGAUUGGUGGAAAGGGGAGGUCAACGGGGUCACGGGCCUGUUCCCCACCAACUAUGUCAAGAUGACUACCGAGUCCGACCCCAGCCAACAAUAUUGCGCCGAUCUGCAGAGCCUGGACACCAUGAGCCCACAGGAGAGGAAGAGACAGGGCUACAUCCACGAGCUGAUCCAGACGGAGGAGCGCUACAUGGAAGACCUGCAGCUGGUACUGGAGGUCUUUUAUAAGCCCAUGUCUGAGUCGGGUCGUCUGACGGACGUGGAGCUGAGCAUGAUAUUCGUCAACUGGAAGGAGCUCAUCAUGUCCAACACCAAGCUGCUGAAGGCCCUGCGGGUGAGGAAGAAGACAGGCGGGGAGAAGAUGCCGGUGCAGAUGAUCGGGGACAUCCUGGCUGCGGAGCUCUCCCACAUGCAGGCCUACAUCCGCUUCUGCAGCUGCCAGCUCAACGGCGCCGCCCUGCUGCAGCUCAAGACCGACCAGGAGCCCGAGUUCAAGGACUUCCUCAAGAAAAUCGCCACUGACUACCGCUGCAAGGGCAUGCCGCUGUCCAGCUUCCUGCUGAAACCCAUGCAGAGGAUCACCCGCUACCCGCUCAUCAUCAAGAACAUCCUGGAGUGCACCCCGGAGUCGCACGUGGACCACGGGCAGCUGCGGGAGGCGCUGGAGAGGGCCGAGGAGCUCUGCUCGCAGGUGAACGAGGGCGUGAGGGAGAAGGAGAACUCGGACCGGCUCGAGUGGAUCCAGACUCACGUGCAGUGCGAGGGGGUGACUGAGCAUCUGGUCUUCAACUCCCUGACUAACUGCCUGGGUCCCCGCAAGCUGCUCCACAGCGGGAAGGUGUACAAGACCAAGAGCAACAAGGAGCUCUACGCCUUCCUGUUCAACGAUUUCCUGCUGCUCACGCACACCGCCAAGCAGUUCUCCUCCUCGGGGCCGGACAAGCUCUUCAGCCCCAAGAGCAACACACAGUUCAAGAUGUACAAGACUCCGGUGUUCCUGAACGAGGUCCUUGUCAAGAUGCCCUCUGACCCCUCCAGCGAUGAACCCAUCUUCCACAUCUCCCACAUCGACCGCGUUUAUACCCUCAAGACCGAGAACAUCAACGAGAGGACGGCCUGGGUUCAGAAGAUCAAAACCGCAUCAGAGAACUUCAUUGAGACUGAGAAGAAGAAGCGAGAAAAAGCAUAUCAAGCACGCUCCAUGAAGGCCAGCGGAAUCGGACGCCUCCUGGUCACCAUCUUGGAGGCCACUGAGCUGAAGUCCUGCAAGCCCAAUGGAAAGAGUAACCCCUACUGUGAGGUGACCAUGGGAGCGCAGUGCUAUACCUCGCGAACCCUGAACGACACGCUCAACCCCAAGUGGAACUUCAACUGCCAGUUCUUCAUCAAAGACCUGUACCAGGACGUCCUGUGCAUCACCCUCUUUGAGAGAGACCAGUUCUCUCCUGAUGAUUUUCUGGGUCGCACGGAGGUUCCCGUGGCAACCAUCAAGAAGGAGCUCGAGAACAAGGGCCCGGCGACCCGCCGCCUGCUGCUGCACGAGGUCCCGACGGGGGAGGUAUGGGUGCGGCUCGACCUGCAGCUCUUCGACCAGAAAACGCACAAAUGAAGCAGCGACACGGCCACAGACCCCGCCCCCCUACCCCCACUGCCAGCGCCGAGUGACCAAUAAGGAAACCUGGGCUUCAUUUGGCCACUCCCUCCCACUGCCAUGACCUGGCAGCCUCUCAACUACUGUGGAGCGCGUCAUUGGCUGAUGGCGUAGCUGAACCGGCCCCAGCACUGAAAGGGUCGUACGCUAGUGAUUCUGUCUUGCUCCUCUCUGUAACCACAGCCACUGUGACGUUGCCAAGUGCUUUUGUAUAUGGAGGCCAUACCAGAAAGGUACACUGUAUAUUUCAGAAACUAUGAUUAUUUAAGGAUUUUUCUUGUCUAUACAUCUCGAAGGAUUGUGGAAUGUAAUAUGCACCUGAAGCAGAGAGAGGUCAGGAAAGUCUUGUUUGGCCACAACUGUUGUUUACCACUGGCUAUGAGACUAUCUCAGGAUUGAAUUUUUCCCACAAACAAGGACCUGUCUACAUCCUACUACAUCCAAUCAAUAUCUGCUUCUGUGAUGGCAUUCUGCACUGAUCAGUUUCUCCAGUAGAAUUAGGAGCCUUUUUCUGUUCGACUGUAUCAUGAGCAGCACAAACCUUUUCAAUGCCUCAGUCAAUGUUGACAUUUUGACCCGUUUUUAGAUGAAAGAUGUAGUUUUAGUUUGCAAACUGAGUUCUGCCUUAUCUAAUGUUGUGUAUGUAGCUUUUCUUCUCGGGGCCGUUCCCAGACAUGUUUUGGUAGUGCUGCCACUGGUCUAUUGUGUACUUAAUAGUCAAUGCCAACAAACUUUAAGGUAAAUUCUGUAUGUACCAGGUAAAUGUUUUGGCUGGUUUUGCUGAAGGCUUUGAGGAGAGAAAUCACAUAAAAUUUUAUUUGAGAUGCAUGGUGAUGUGGUUAAAGAAAGAUUCAUGGUGAUUCCAUGUGUUUAAUCGCUAGUAAAUUGCAUUCGGCAUAGAGUUUUAUUUAUUUUAAUUUAUGUUUAUGAUCUCUCCAACGCUUGUCAAAUAAAUUUUCAAAUCCUGGGCUUUAUAUGAAAA